UUCGAUUAUCCUACCAAACUCGUGUUUUCAUAAGAUUUCGUGUCUAGGUCGAUAUUCUCGUACGGUUGACAUAUAAACCAGUCGAAAUUCCUGUUUUACACACUUCCAAUACAUAGAUACAAGUGUUACAAUGGUUACAUCAAUGGUAUCGAAACUAGGGAACAGACGAGUUUUUCGAGUUUUUUUUCUUUUUCUUCUUUCUUUCUUUUUUUUUUUUUUUUAAAUUCUCUCCUCAAACUUGAUCUUCCACCGGACGACUUAGUUUCACAAAUUACUUAUACAACUGUUAUAAUCGCUUUGUCGGUUUCAUUCUCGUGGAAUAAAAGAAAAUUGUCAAUGAAAAUAGGGCAUUCAAAGAAACACACGAAAAAAUGUAUUCCUCGAAAUAUUAAAAAGAUGUUAAAAAAAAGGAAAGAUAAUUAUUCGACAAAACUCAAACAUCUCUAAUUUAACUUCGUUUCGCUUUUUUAAUACUCCUUAAAUAUUUCUGCUUGAACUUACUUUUAAAUUUGAAUAAAUGAAAUAAGAAUAAAAAUUAUUUAUUCCUUCGUCUAUUAUCUAUUCCGAGAAGCGGAUUGCAAUCGUUUCACAAUCUAAUUGUUCGAUCGCAAUCGAUUGGGGCACCGAAAAAUGGGGAAAUCUUGGAAACGAAAGAAUUAAUCGGUAUAUCUAAUCGAUCGAGCGCUACAACGAUAGAUAACGCGAUCCAUAAGAUCUAUCCGAGAUUGAUUUUCAAUAGUUAUCGAUCGACCGUUAUUCGGCCAACAACGAUGAAGAGAUUCCCCGCGAUAUUAGUGCUCGUUGCACUUUGCUUCGCUUCUGAAGCGUUUGCGAGGAAAGGAUUCGGGCCUGGGGACCAGGAAUGGGGAUACGUGGAAGUGCGACACGCCUCGCACAUGUUCUGGUGGCUCUACUACACCACCGCCAACGUGUCCUCCUAUUACGAUAAACCGUUGAUUAUCUGGUUGCAAGGUGGGCCGGGAGCGUCCUCCACCUCGUACGGCAACUUCGAGGAACUCGGACCCUUGGACGCCGACUUGAACCCGAGGAGCUUCUCCUGGGUGAAAGACUACAAUGUCCUCUUCAUCGACAACCCGAUUGGUACAGGAUUCAGUUACACCACGUUAUCGAGCGGAUAUGCGAAAACAAAUAUAGAGAUUGCUCGCGAUCUCGUCGAAUGUAUGAAAGGUUUCUUGAAAGCAUUGCCGAAAUUCCAAGAUGUGCCCACUUAUAUCACGACCGAAUCUUACGGAGGGAAGAUGGGGGCGGAAUUCGCUCUCCAGUGGUACAAGGCGCAGCAAAAGAGAACUAUCAAGAGCAACUUGAAGGGUGUCGCUCUCGGUGACGCCUGGAUCUCUCCAGUCGACUCCGUGAUAACUUGGGCGCCCUUCUUACUCGCCACGGGCAUGGUGGACACCGAGGGGUACAAGAAGAUCGAUGACAUGGCUCAAAAGACGAAAAAUGCCAUAGAAACGAAGAGCUGGAAAACGGCCACGAUGCUGUGGAUGAACGCGGAGGCAGUGGUCGCCGAAGUUACCGAUAACAUCGAUUUCUAUAAUAUCUUGACGAAAAUGGAAGCUAGCGGGACGCGUUCCUUCAUGGAGAGAAUUCGAUCGAAACCGUUCCUUCGAGAAUACGCCACGUUCAACGAAGUCUCCUUAAACAGGCUUAUGAACGGACCCGUGAAAGAAGCUUUGCAACUCUCGGUCGAUCACGGCGCUCAAUCAGAUAUGGUGUUCACCAAGUUGCAAGAGGAUUUCAUGAAACCUGUAGUCAAUAUAGUCGAGGAUUUAUUGAACAAAACCGAUCUAAAAGUUGCGGUGAUCACCGGUCACAUGGAUCUCAUCGUCGACACUCCAGGGACUUUAAAUUGGGUUGAGAAGAUGAAUUGGAAAGACGCAAAUUUGUGGCACUACUCCCCCAGAUAUCCCUUAGUGGUGGAGGAGAUCAUAGAAGGUUAUGAGAAAUCUCACGGCAAUUUCGCUAUGUACUGGGUGAACAGAGCCGGUCACAUGGUACCAAAGGACAAUCCUGCAGCGAUGGGAAGGAUACUGGAAAAAUUCACGGAACAAUAAAUCAAGUUUCAAGAGAUGAAAUCGUACGAUGACUGUGAAAUAGUGUUCAGGAAUAAUUAAAAGUAAAAUUAAAAUAAUAUAAAAUAAAUAAGUGAAAAAAGCAUA